AUGAAAGGGUACCAUGUCAGCCGUAGCAUGUCCCAGCAUUCCUCUGGUGGUGGCGGGGGAGGCCCUUGUCACUGCACGCCUGAGGACUGUGAUGGCCCAGGCAGAGACUACUACCAGGGUCACAGUGACGGCCACUAUUAUCCUCCGGGAGGUCCGGCUGAGGCUCUGGCACUGGAGAGGCACCAUUCCCACUCCCACUCCCAUUCCCAUAGCCACUCUGGAGGGGGCACAUUCCCUCGUUCCCACCCCGGCCAGCACCCAGCUCUCCAGUCGUUUGACUCUUGUGAGGAGUGCCUGUCCUCAGGCCACGCAGGGAAGAUGCAUCGCAUUCCCCCAAACCUAAUGGACCAAUUUGAGAAGCAGGUGCCCUUUCAUCCUGAUGGCUUCCACACACUGCAGUACCAGCGCACUGCUAGUGGGGGUGCCGAGCAACGCAGCGAAAGCCCCUCCCGCAUCCGUCACCUAGUCAACUCCGUGCAGCGCCUCUUUGCCAAGUCCCAUUCCCUGGAAGCGCCUUCCAAGCGGGAGUACAAUGGCACAAGAGGAGGUGGGGACUACCGUGGAGAAAGAGGAGGAGGCCACAGGAGUGGAGGGGAGGACGGUGGAGGCCACUACUCAGGCCACCAGUCUCGCUCUACCAGGAGAAGCAAGUCUCGAGAGCGUAGCAAGAGCGGAGACUCGCGGCACGAGUCGGGUAGACGCCACCGCAGCAGGACGGCAGGCUGGUGGAGCUCUGACGACAACCUGGACAGCGACAGCAGCUUCUUGGUGAGCGGGGGCAGACGGGGGUAUCCCAGCGGACACGAGAGCCUGGAUGCUGCCAUCCAGGAGCUCACCAUGAAGAAGCCCAAGGAUCGUGGCGGUGGGCCCGGGCCGGGGGAGUGCAUGGCCUGUACCACAAUGGCUCUGGCCGGGAGCGAAGCAGGGGGACACCAUGGGCACCACGGCCACUCCCUGAAGAGGAGCACCUGGUCAGCCAUGACAGUGAGUCAGGCUAGGGAGGUGUACCCUUCCACCAGGGGAGGAAGCUACAACAAAGCCCUUGUCCCCAUGGAAAGCAAACUGAAGGAGAGGACCUUCCACUACCUGCAGGUCCCUUCAGAAGACUGGGGAGGUGGAUACGGCAGUGGCGGCGCCACCGACAGCGGAGGAGAGAUUCCUUGCCGCCGCAUGCGAAGCGGAAGCUACAUCAAGGCCAUGGGUGACGACGACAGUGUCGACUCAGACACCAGCCCCAAAGCCUCGCCCAAGUCCACCCUGAUUGCUCAGAGGGACGCCUUUAGACGAUCUAUCAGCAUGGAUCAAAGGUACUCGUGUAAGCAGUGUACAGAUUCCUACCCUAACAGCCGCACCACGCCCAAAACCCACACCCGGUCUCGUAGUUACACCCGCUCUCUGACCAGCUCACAGCUGGGAGAUACGUUGAACCGUCAGUUUGAGGCAGUGUGUGAGACCAUGUUUGGCGAGGUGGAGUCUCAAGCCGUGGAGGCCCUGGAUCUUCCGGGUGUGUUCCGCACUCGCAGCCACAGCUACGUUCGCGCCAUCCAGGCCGGCUGCUCCCAGGACGACGACUGCCUCUCCGUCUUCUCCAUGUCAGGGCCCCAGGGAAGCAUCAAGGGUGGGGCCGUCUUUCCUUAUCGUAAAGGUGCUCCUCCCCCACUCCCACCUCGCAUGUCCAAGUCUUCGCUCUCAGUGCGGGCCCAGAGCAGCACUGAGUCCACCCAGGAUGCCUACUUCCAGAGCAGCGGACAGUUGACCUCAGGCUCAGGCCCCGGGCGCCCGAAGCAGCACAGCAACUCUGUGGAUCUGGGCAGCUCUGACGGGCCCUCGGGUCGCUCCUCCAGAGGAGGUUACUACACCGCCACGGGCCCUGGACGUUCCAGGCAGCACAGUAACUCAGCAGAGAGCCUGGAUGGGGUCAGGGGUUCACGGGAGCUGGUGCCCUACGGAGGGGGACCUGGAGUCGGUGUGAGGGCCAAACACAGCAGCUCAGCUGACAGUCUGCUGGAGGGGCCACCGCGGCCGGCCAGGGAGAGGGACGGCAGGGUUGGGGCCAGCUUGGGGAAAUCAGCCUCUCUGCCUCAGAACAGCAUAGUGCUGAGUAAAGCUGUAGGGCAGGAUGAAGGACGUGGUGGGAGAAAGUGGAGUCCAUCCAUUGCCGUGCAGGUGGACAGCUCGGAGACCCUGUCGGAUUCAGACGCAGAGGGUAAAGCUCUUACUGAGGUCCACUCUAUAGGAGUCCAAGUGGAAGAUGACAAAAGGCGGGCUCGUUUCAAGCGCUCCAACAGCGUGACGGCGAGCGUGCAGGCCGACCUGGACCCUGAGGGCUUCCCGGGGCUCAGCAUCGCCGUGCCAACACAGGAUAAGAGUCUUCAGUUUGGCUGUUCCUUUCAAAGGCACUCGUCAGAGCCCGAGUCUGCUAGCCAGUACACAGAGUGCCACCGCACCGUCCACACACAGGGACAGUGGGCCUACAGAGAGGACUUUAUCCAGAGCGGCUACACCACUGAGGCCUGCCCAGCAGACCCACGCCCCCACCAGCACCCGCACUUGCCUCCACGUUCCCACUCACCGCUGCCCAUCACUGAGCGAGCCUGGGCGGGGACGCUGUCUCUGGAGGGCCCCCGGAGCCUACCUGACUCGGGUCGAGCGUCACCUUGCAUGAGGGAUGGAGAGUUCUUCCUACGCCUCCUGCAGACAGAGGUGGAGAGGAUGGAGGGCUGGUGCCAGAACAUGGAGAAAGAGGCUGAGGAGAAUGAUCUGCCAGAGGAGAUUCUUGAACUGAUUCGGAAUGCAGUUGGCAGCGCCCAGAUGCUCAUGUCUCAGAAAGUCCAGCAGUUCUUCCGCCUCUGCCAACAAAGUGUGGACCCAUCAGCCUACCCCCAGCCCACCUCUCAGGACCUGGCAGGCUUCUGGGACCUGCUCCAGCUCAACAUAGAGGACGUCAGGGUCAAGUUUCAGGACCUCCAGAGGAUCAAGGACUCUGGUUGGAGGCUCCCACCUGAAAAGAAGGAGGACAAGAAGCUUCCUCCUCCCUUACCAAAGAAGCCAGCAGGUGGGGUGAGUGGCAGCCUCCGGGCCGAUAGUGUUGGAGAUGUGGGUGCCGGAGGUGGGUCGGGGGGCCUGGUAGUGCCUCGUGUUGGUGGACACACCUUACCCAUCAGGGAGAAGUCCCUGGACCUCGGAGACCGUCAGAGAACAGAAGCAAGAAGGAGGCUGCUGCAGACCAAGAGAACCGCCUCCUUCAGGCAGAACUCGGCCACGGAGAGCGCCGACAGCAUCGAGAUCUACAUCCCUGAAGCCCAGACUCGACUCUGA